GGAUUUUAUUCUUGUUGGUUUUCUUUGUGCUCCAUCGGCGAAAUGUUUUUGUUUUGAAGAUGUGUGUUGUGAUGUCUAGUGUUACUCAUUGACAUCAGCAGUGUUGUAUGAAUUAUGAAUUUCAUCUUGUUAAUGCAUUUAGAUAUAUUUAUAAACCACAUAUCACGGUACCACGUGCUGAUUAGAGUUAGAUGUCUAGUGCGCACGUAACAAAGACUACGCAAUUCUCCAUCAGUACAACGAUACGCAAUUCUCAUCAGCACAACGACCUCAACGUUUCACAAGAAUGGAAAACCAUUCAGCAAAACCGAAGAAAACGAGUCAAAUGACUGACGAGGAGAGGUUACAAUUAGCAGAAAAGCUGGAUAAAGAACUGGACGAAUAUAUUGCAGGAUUAGAGAGACGUCCCUAUACCGAAGGAUGGCCGGAAGACCGUUGGCGAGAGGAAAUGGAGAAGCAUCCUUUCUUCAUGACGAAACCACCAGAAGAAGGGCAGCCCUUGUCACCUCUUUUGGAAGGCAUUCAGCAACUGAAGUAUGAUGAAAGUGAAAAUACACCAGAAGAAUUAGCAGCCACAUACAAGGAAGAUGGGAACUUUAACUUCAAGUGCAAAAAAUAUCGUGUUGCCAUCAUAAGUUAUACGGAAGGUCUUCGCCAGAAAUGCAGUGAUGAUUCACUGAAUGCCCAGCUCUUCAACAAUAGAGCAGCAGCACACUUUUUUCUGAAAAAUUACAGAUCAUGUCUGGCAGACUGUCGUGCAGCUCUGAAGGUUCAGCCAGGCUAUCCAAAGGCACUGUCUCGUGCGGCUGAGUGCAGUUUUCGCCUAUCAUUGUUUGAUGAUUGUAUUGCAUUCUGUGAUGAGAUGCUAGCAACAAGUACAAGCAACAAGGAGGCCUUAGAAUUGAGGGCGAAAGCUGUUGCAACAAAAAAGCGAGCUGAAAUGCAAGCUAGAAGACAAGCUGUUGCACGCAGAAAACAAGAAGCUGAAGAGAAGGAACUGGCAGCAGCCAUUAAAGAACGAAAUCUGAAUAUUGAAGGGCAAAGUGGUCCUGAGAUUAAACUGAAACUGCUUCAGCCAAUAAGUCCACAUGGGGUACAGAAACGUGUGCAUCUAAGUCAAGGCCGGCUGGUCUGGCCUGUUAUUCUGCUUUAUCCUGAAUAUGAGACAUCAGAUUACAUUCAGGAGUUUCCUGAAGACUGUAGGUUUGAAGACCAACUGACAACAAUAUUUGAAACACCUCCCGAAUGGGACAAAGAAGGGAAAUACCGACCUGAAAAUCUUCGACUGUGGUAUGAGGACCGAGAGGAAAAAGUAAAAUUUCCUGUAAACAAGGAAAAUACACUGGGUGAAACACUUUCAGACAAGCGAAUAAUAAUUCGCAAUGGAACACCAGUCUUCUGUGUUGAAGUUCUCGGAAAGGACAAAAAAUAAGUUUCAUAUAUACAUGUGUGUCAGCACCAAAGCAGUAAGUAUGCAAAACAAAAAGAGGAAGGGGGCAUAUUUUCUCCAUGUGCCACCUAAUGUGCAUUAUAGUAUCACAAACCUUGUAGACAUUGCACAGUUCCAUUGUGUGUUUAUUUGUCUACUAGUUGAUUAAUGCUAAAAGACCAGUAGAAAAUUACUGGAGUAUAGCUUUGUGCCAGUGCCAGUAUCUGUCUCAUCUGCUACUACUACUACUACUACUACUACUACUACUGAUUAACUGCUUUAUAUUUAUACAUUGUCAACAUUUUAAAAGUUGUGAUGAUCUUUAAGACACAAAUCCUAGUGGCCAGUUGUUAGGACGUAGAAACUUUUUAUUUGUUUUAGACUUGUAUGUGAGUUGGACUAAGUGUUGUGUGAUAUGUAAAGCCUUUCACUGUGUUAUACAUGCACACAUGUACUGUAAAGAGAGAAAGACUGCUUUCUGUAGAUGGAGGGAGAGAAGAAACCAGGUGCCAAAUGAUAAUGUGAAGUACAAAUUAAUCUUCCGUCAGAAAGAAAUCUUAGAACACCAGAAAUUAAAUGUUGACGACUAAUAGGUUGAAGGCUGCCCGUUGUAGGGCACAAUUAAAUUUAAAUUACAAGAAAUUGUAAACUAUAAAACAGAAAUACAGUGUAUUAUUUCCAGAUGGAUUGUUCAUUUCGGUGGUAUUGGACCACUGUGAAAAAUGUUUGUAAUGUUUCCGUUUCUGUUAUACAUACUAGCUCUUGGAUCUGAUUCUGCUUAAAUUUGAAACAUACUAUUGCAGAAUAUGUUGGUAUAUGGGGGGAAAUCCUAGAUAGUUAAGAUAGCCAAGUAGCAGGUAUUAUUUAUGAAACAAUGCCUUGCAUUUGAAUAUUUUGUGUUUAUUUAACAUGUGGAUGACCACUGUGUUGAGGAUAAACACAUAUAAAAAAGGUUUUUUUUUUUUUUUUUUUUUUUUUUUUUUUUUUUUUUUUUUUUUUUGCUAAAAUUAUAAAUGUGCGAGAGAGAUGCAUGUGCAUACUGUGUCAGAGAAUAAAAGUUUGAAAUAUUGGCUACAGUCAUCACUUUUUUGCCUCAUAUAAUUUGUCACCAUGUCCCAUUACAGUUUAAUGACCAUCUUUCAAUCUUAUGAGAGCUUCAGACCAAGUUGGCCUGCUUCAUUCAUAUGGUUUUGCAAAAUCACUUACAGUUUGUUCUGGAAUGACCAACUUCCUCUCUAUCAUCAUCUAUCAGAGCUAGUGCUCCAACUAUAAUGGUCUUGAUGUUACUGAGACAUUACAUUCUUAAGCUUCCUUUCUUCUUAUGUUUUAUUUUACUUUCUGUUCUGUGAUGUCUUUAAGCAGCAUCUGUUGUAAUAUUGUAUUUCUGCAAAUAAUAAAGUCCUGUGUUUGUACAUAUACAUCCCCAUUGACUAGAUUUCCAAAUCCAAUUCUAACAAAAUGGAAAACUUGCAUCUGUAACAGGAUAUGAGUGAAACAAUAGCCCUUCAGCAAAUCUUCUGCUGUUUGACAUUUGUCAAAAUAGAAAGUUAAGCUCCCUGUAUCCUAUUAUUUUUUAUCUUAAUGUAAUUACUGAUGUACAUUGUGUUUUAUGGCAGGUGAAACCAUUUGGAAAGAAAUCAGCAAAACUGUUUGAAAGUCUCUGAAGACAUAUCCUCAUGUAGUAUCCUUUUUUUUUAAGUUAUCUGUUUUCUAGUUAUCCGCCUGCAGUAUACAUGAUGAACGACAACUGAAAAGAAAAGAUUAUGUCCUCACAGAAUACUGCUGGCCCUUGUAAAAUUUGCAGUUGUUAAGCAGUUCUGGAGUUAAUUCUUUUCUCCUCAGCAAUAAUCCACUGGUUAUGAUGUCUGUGGGAAAUAUAAAACUGAAAACUGUAUACAGCCAAUUAUGGUAUGUGUACAGACAAUUUUUAGUAUCAAUAUAAAAGUAUAUUUACACAUGACGAAAAAUUGUUGUACUGUUGUACUACAAGGAGCAUUUUACCAUUGGAUAUGAGAAAAGCACUUGAACAAGCUUCACACUUUGUAAAUUAUGCUUCUAGAAAAGUGAUUAGAAAGAAAAGUAAUCAUUGUAAUUUUGAAUUAACUCUUGAGUGGGCACGACAUUUUUUAUAAUAGGAGCAUAUGCGUGGUGUACUUUGUACAUAUGUAAAGAGGAGCUGUCUUAAUGUUACCAAGGUAAAUACGUAUGAGCAAAAUUAGUUUGGUCUUAGUUUAAUUAAACAGUGAUGAAAUAAACUUUCAUUAUAUCACCCAGCUGCCACGUACAGGUGUUACCCCAUUGUAAUGACCCACUCGAUGCAAUAAGCAGCAUAGUUGCAUCAGAUUCCAGCCAACCGCUUAUUCGAUUGCUAAUCAUAUCGUAGAAAAGUGUCUCAUUGUGGGAUUAUGCUGCUAGCUCAGAGACUGGAUAAUUUUCUUGCAUGAAUCGUAAAUAUUUUCUCACCUAGCUCCCUGUUUAUUUUAUAUUACUGCCACUCACUUGGACAUAAGAAGUGCAACUUAUCACUAUAUUAGCUGAAGCAAUAAUGGAGGAAUAUAUAUCUGUUCUCAAUUGUAAAACCAACAGUGAAAUGGUGCAAGACAGUGUUAUCUGAGGUUUGCUACACACAUAGGUGUGCCCACUCGAUUGUUAACGAUAUUUUUGGACUUUCCACCAUUUAAAUCCAAUUGUUUCAUAAUAGCAUUUUAUGUUUGAGUACACCACUUCUGCAACAGUUCUGUCUUUUAUAAGGUGACUUCUUGACAGAAGCUUGAUUUGGUAUAACUACUAUUUACGUAAAACUAUUUCUGAUAGUCUACAUGAAUAACGCAGUACCAGUGUCUUAUUUUUUCUCGUAAAAGAUUGUGUACCUUCCUGUGUCAGCUGCAGCAAAAUAAUCCCAAUUAUAAAAAUUGUCUCAGUUGUUGCCACUUCUUAGGUGUUGUAGAACACCAAGUGGACAGUUAUUUGGGAUAUUGUUUUGUUAUAGAUUCAUUGAAAAAUUACACAAAAAUGUCUGCAAAGAUUUUUUAAAUAUGUUAUUUCAUAAGUCUUUCAAGUAACAUUGUAAAUGUGAAUCCUUUAAAAAAAUCAUAAAUGCUUUUGUAGUUAUGAACACAGUUAUAUUAAUCAAGGUAACAGAUUUAUUGAAAAUGAAUGUUGAAGCAUACAGACAGUUGGAGAGCCAAAAUCAGUAUUAGCAGAUAAUCUCUUGGCACUAAAAUCUGACAUGUUCACUUAAUUACAUUAGCUGUUUAGCCCUUGUGUUUUACUAAAUGAAGAAGUACUUGUUGUCUUGUUGUUGGUAAGGUGAUGAUUGUGCUGCUCUGAAAUCCUGAUGCUAUGAAGAACUACAGUCCAACUAUAUGGGGUGACUUGUGUGAAUAAACAAUAAAAUACUGUCAUUGGAGGUCUUAAGGGUGCCGAACUCAGAACAGUAUUAAUAAAAGGUUAUUGAAAUGCAAGAUUUUUUGUGCUCAAAUUUUGGCAUAUUCUUCACCAACAGUAAAUUGAAAUUAGCAUAGGCAUAAGCAAGUGACUUAAUCUGUGGGGCAUAGACUCAUAUAACAGCACAGAUAUUUUCACUGCAUUUAAAAUUACCGCUCUUUUCUCUGUAGCUGCUCUGUGUGUGUGUGUGUGCGUGCGUGUGUGUGUGUGUGUGUGUGUGUGUGUGUGUGUGUGUGUGUGUGCGCACGUGCGCGCGCUUGCGUGUGUGUGUAGCGUGUGCAUGUGUGUGUGUGUGUGUGUGUGUGUGUGUGUGUGUGUGUGUGUGUGUGUGUGUGUUAGAGAGAGAGAGAGAGAGAGAGAGAGAGAGCAGUAACUCUAAAUCUUGUAAAAUUUUGUAUGGCAUUGUGUGGGUCUCUGUGCCACCCAUGAAUUAAUUGCUUGUUUGUAAUGUGCCCUUGUUUUGUGUACUGUCUCUGUCCUGUAAUUAUCAUUAUCAUAAUGCUUAUGGGUGAUGUUAUUUACAACUGUUUUGUUUGCUGUUGAUGACCAAUGCUUUGUGCAUAUGCUGUUGUAGAGCAGUGUGUCUACCGUUAACAGAUUUUCUGACAUUAGAACAGUACACUAUUAUCCAUCAGUGAUGUUUUAAAAAAGGUUCAAUCCCAUCAGUAUAUUUGUGUCAAUCAUGGUAAAUCAUUUCUUUUUUCUGCUAUGGAGUCUAUUAUAUCAAUGUAUUCCAUAUACCCUGAUAGUGACAUGUGAAAUAGUGUCUCAUAUGCUGUGCUGGAAUAUGUUAGAGGAGCAUUUCUUUUAUUAAAUGUACUUUUGGAUUGAUGUUAAAUGUUAUAAAUAAUAGUAGAAAAGGAAGUAGUUACUUAUACUGCAAUGGUAGUGUGUGUUAGUUUUUAUGCUUUUUCUGUCUACAUACUACUUCUCUGAAAUUAGCAUUUGCCAAAUGUUGAACAUUUUAGUGACAGCAAUAUUUCUUCUAAAUAUAUUUUGGUGUAUGUGCAUCCUACGAAAAAUUAUGAGAAAAUUAGGCUCAUGGCAUGGAGUAUUUCGUUUUCUUGUGAUCUGUUUCAAAUUUACACCAAAAUUCACAAUGUCUCCCCACACUCACAUUGCUCUUUCUCCUUCCCUUGGUCAGUGUGAAAGAGAAACACCAGAUUCAUUCCAGUUUAGAAAGUGAUAAUUUAUUGACUGCAAUACUGAUACAUUUGCAAAUCCUGUCUGUAGUAAUAUUUUUUUCUGACAAUAAUAGUAUAUGGUGGGGUAUAAAUUUAAUUUCAUUUAGUGAUUGUACACGAGGCUUGUGAUUGCCACAUUUCAGUCUGUAAAAUUAUGGUCUUUCAGCUACUUUAUCUCAGCAGUAGAUUGUGUCAUUUGAAUCACAUCUGUGACUGAGGUGCAAAACAUAUUUCCCUAAAUAUGCUGCAUUUAUAGUUUGUUGAGUAGGACUCAUAUUCAAGCCUGUUUGCAAUAAAUUGAAAAGUGUGAUACUAAUUUGUAAUCCCUCUGCUUUAAUUUGUAUUUUACAGUCAUGUCGUUUGGCUUUUUUUUAUAUUCUAUAAUUUCAGAGAAAUACCAUGUAAAUUUUUAAUUUCUGUCACUUGUGUUUUUUAUCUCAGUCUUCUCUCAGUUAACAGUGCUACAAAUCAUUAAAUAUAGGGCAAAACUUUUCCUGUUGGAAUACCAUUUAUUGAAGCACAGUUACAUACUGUAAAUUAAUCUAAUGUUAUGACUCAUGUUAUAUUGUGAGAUGUCUAUUUUUGUUCAUUUUACAGAAAUUUGUUAUUGAUGUAUUUUGUGUAUGUAUGACUAUUAAAAAUGUUCUGUGUUUUGUA